CAUAAGUACUUGAUGACAAUAUAAAAUGCCUAUACCUUAUUGAAUACAUAUAUGCACAUCAAUUCCCACCCGCCCCACGACAAGUCACUGCCACCAAUCCCACAUUCUUUGCUUUUUUCGUCUGUCAUUUGAGGUGAUGAUUGGGCUCAAGUCUACACUUAAUGUCGGUGAAGUUCUGUAUCCAUUUUAUGUCCUCACUCAGCUCACAAAAUUUAUGCAGGUAAUAGACAACUCCGGCGCACUACUCAUCGAGUGCGUCAAUGUCCUCAAACAAAAGGUCAAUAACGGUUGGGGCUCUGUCGGUGAUGAAAUAGUCUGCGUCGUCAAACGCGCGCGCCCAGUAUCAGCGGCGACUCAGGCAUCUACGACUGCGGUCAAAGUCCGACGUGGAGAUGUUCGUCGAGCAGUCAUCGUGCGAACCAAGAAGUCAGUUCGAAGACCAGACGGGCGUUUCAUCAGGUUUGAUGAUAAUGCGGCAGUCCUUUUGAAUAACAAGAGAGAGAUGCUGGGGACGCGUAUUGGUGGCGUCGUGAGUGCUGACUUGCGCAUGAAAGGCUGGGGGAAGAUUGUCAGUUUAGCACCCAAGGUUGUUUGAUAGAUGUAUAUCAGAUACUUGCCUUAAAAAACCUGCUAUUAGCCUUUCACGGUUCCA